GAAAUGACGUCCGUUCGUCCUUUCCAGAAGAAAUGGCAGCUGUUGACAUCGACGUGCUGUUGGAAACAGAGCCCCAAAUCCGCAACCAGGAGGACCUGGAACGUCAGGCUGAAGGCUUCAAAGAGCAAGGAAAUGCACUCUACAGCAAGAAAGAUUACUCAGAGGCUUUCAACUAUUAUACUAAGGCCAUCGAUACUUGCCCCAAAAAUGCAAGUUACUAUGGCAACAGGGCAGCCACCCUCAUGAUGCUCUGUCGCUUUCGAGAGGCCCUUGAAGACUCCCAGCAGGCUGUACGGUUGGAUGACUGUUUUAUGAAGGGGCAUCUGCGUGAGGGUAAGUGCCACCUGUCUUUGGGAAAUGCCAUGGCAGCCAGUCGCUGCUUUCAGAAGGUUCUGGAGCUGGAGCCCAGCAACAGAGAGGCCCACCAGGAGAAUAAGAACGCAGGGACUCUACUGGAGUACGAGCGAAUGGCAGAUUUUGGCUUUGAAAAGCGGGAUUUCAGAAAGGUGGUGUACUGUAUGGACCGGGCUUUAGCUUUGGCUUCUGCCUGCCACCGCUUCAAAAUCCUCAAGGCUGAGUGUCUGGCUCUGCUAGGCCGCUAUCCAGAAGCUCAGUCUGUAGCAAGUGAUAUCCUGCGAAUGGAUUCCACAAACGCAGACGCACUGUACGUUCGAGGUCUGUGUCUUUACUAUGAGGACUGUAUAGAUAAAGCUGUACAGUUCUUUGUCCAGGCUCUGCGCAUGGCACCUGACCAUGAAAAGGCCCGGCUAGCCUGCAGGAAUGCCAAAGCCUUAAAAGCCAAGAAGGAGGAGGGCAACCAGGCAUUCAAGAACAGCAACUUUGAAGCUGCCUACCACCUGUAUUCUGAGGCCCUGACAAUAGACCCCAACAAUAUCAAGACAAAUGCUAAACUCUACUGCAACAGAGCCACAGCAGGAGCCAAGCUGAAGAAACUUAAUCAAGCCAUUGAAGACUGCACCAGUGCGAUCAAAUUAGAUGACACUUACAUCAAGGCCUACUUAAGAAGAGCUCAGUGUUACAUGGACACAGAGCAGUAUGAAGAGGCUGUACGGGACUAUGAAAAAGUUUACCAGACAGAAAAGACGUCAGAUCACAAGCAUCUGCUGAAGACGGCACAGCUGCAGCUGAAGAGGAGCAAGAGGAAAGAUUACUACAAGGUGCUCGGGGUCGGCAAGAACGCCACAGAGGACGAGAUCAAAAAAGCCUAUCGCAAACGAGCCCUCAUGCACCACCCAGACCGCCACAGCGCAGCGACUCCAGAGGUGCAGAAAGAGGAGGAAAAGAAAUUCAAGGAGGUGGGUGAGGCCUUUACUGUGCUGUCUGACCCAAAGAAGAAGAUCCGCUAUGACAAUGGACACGACCUGGAUGAUGACGGCUGCUUUGAUGGUGGAGAUUUUGACGCAAACAACAUCUUCAGGGCUUUCUUUGGUGGCCAUGGUGGAGGAUUUAGUUUCGAUUCCAAUCAAGACUCUGGACCUGGAAAUUUCUUCUUCCAAUUUGGUUAAAGCGAAAGAGCAUGUGGGAAAAUGCAGCCCUGCAGAGGACAAAAUCAAGUUGGACCCACAGUCACCUUGUGAUGCUCAUACUCCUGAGUGUCUUGAAAAUGUCCCAACUAUUCUUGUUCAAGAGAUUGCAUUGACUGCUAAAUUUACUCCUUACAUUGAUGCUAACAUUGGGAAGGAUAAUUCAGAGGUUUUGGUUAUAAUUAACAAUGACGAUAAAGAAGUACAUAAGAAACCCUUUUUAAAGAGGUUUGGAUCAGCUGAUUCAGAGCAUGUCACUAUUGCCAAAAUCAAAAUUAUAUUAAAUGAAAUCUAAUCUUGUAAAACUGCCUCAACCUUCCUAAUGGUGAUCAGUAGUAAGGAAUGCUUUGGAAAUAUAAGCAUCAUGGUUGAUUAUUUUUUUAGAAAACAUAACAUGGUAUACAUUUUAAGGUUCUCCUUGGACAGCAAGUCUCUGUUGAGCAAGAGUCAAUGUACUGUAGCAGUUCAAUGUCAAAACUGACCUCAGGACAGUCUGUUAAGGACAACACUGGUCUCUUGCAAGUGGGUGUCCAGGUUUUAUUGGCUCACUUGCCAAAUAUAGAUCGACUUGCUGGGUUUUUGUUUCUUCUCCUCUUCUCCAUACUGCAUUGUAUAUUUGACUCGAAUGUAAAGUGUUUUGUGUCCAUAAAUUGUUUUUCUUUUCUUUAGUCUUCCCUCUGUAUUUAUAUUUAUUGUACUGUGUAUUCUAAAUUGUAUGCAGCAGAAUGCCAUCAUCUUCAUAGUCUUCCUCCUUUUUUAAGAGACCAAUUUGUAAAUGUUUUCCACAUCAUUGUCUCGCUCAAGGAUUGUGCAAGUUGUUUUUCUGAAACAGGCCAAAAUCAGCAUAUAUAUACUCCUACAGAUUUUCUUCUGUUUAAAGUGCACCAGUCACGCAUCUUUCCUAUUGCCCCAUUCAAAUUCAAGUGGUGCCUUCGAAGAAUGAGCAGAUCAGUUAACGUUUUCACAAUGAAAUCUACAUCGAAAGCUGUCGAGCAAGCCACAUCCUUAUUUGCAAAUGGCAACAGUCAUGCUUGUAUAGCAUGUUUUUUGUUUUUGUGUUCUGUCAUAGGAAGACCAUAUUCUUGUCUGGCCAGUAAAUUGAAUUUUGCAAGUAGAUUCUUCAUCCUGAAAACAUGAAAGACUUCAAUUUCAUUUCAUGUCAUCAUCGGUCACACCCAGCUGUUAUCCACCUAUACUUGUCAUGCACGUUCGGUCAGUACAGCCCUUCCCCUACUUGUUCCACCUGUUUAAAAGGGCACUGAUAGUAGGUCGGAAGCUUCUGUUGUUAAUUGUUUUGUCACUGAACUGUGUAUUUUUUAAAAUUUGUCACAGUAUUACCGACAUGCUUUUCUUAUUGCGUCAAUAAAAGCUCGUCUUUUACUGUAAUGUG